AUGAAGACAGUAAGUACAGGUAAAGGGGGAGCACCAUGUUACGGCACUACAAUGAAGACAGAGAGUACAGGUAAAGGAGGAGCAUCAUGUUACGGCACUAGAAUGAAGACAGUGAGUACAGGUAAAGGGGGAGCACCAUGUUACGGCACUACAAUGAAGACAGAGAGUACAGGUAAAGGAGGAGCAUCAUGUUACGGCACUACAAUGAAGACAGAGAGUACAGGUAAAGGAGGAGCAUCAUGUUACGGCACUAGAAUGAAGACAGUGAGUACAGGUAAAGGAGGAGCACCAUGUUACGGCACUACAAUGAAGACAGAGAGUACAGGUAAAGGAGGAGCAUCAUGUUACGGCACUAGAAUGAAGACAGUGAGUACAGGUAAAGGAGGAGCACCAUGUCACGGCACUACAAUGAAGACAGUGAGUACAGUUAAAGGGGGAGCACCAUGUUACGGCACUACAAUGAAGACAGUAAGUACAGGCAAAGGGGUAGCACCAUGUUACGGCACUACAAUGAAGACAGAGAGUACAGGUAAAGGAGGAGCAUCAUGUUACGGCACUAGAAUGAAGACAGUGAGUACAGGUAAAGGGGGACCACCAUGUUACGGCACUACAAUGAAGACAGAGAGUACAGGUAAAGGAGGAGCAUCAUGUUACGGCACUACAAUGAAGACAGUGUGUACAGGUAAAGGAGGAGCAUCAUGUUACGGCACUAGAAUGAAGACAGUGAGUACAGGUAAAGGGGGACCACCAUGUUACGGCACUACAAUGAAGACAGAGAGUACAGGUAAAGGAGGAGCAUCAUGUUACGGCACUACAAUGAAGACAGUGAGUACAGGUAAAGGAGGAGCAUCAUGUUAA